AUGCGGUUUUGGUGGCCGGGUUGGGAGCCUCGAGAGCGCUCUCUAUCUAGCGAUAGUGAGUGCUCUACGGACAGCCAUUCCAGUCUCGCCAGCGAUGCGUCUUUCUAUGACGCGUCGCCUGAUGACGAAACUGGAGUGGGACACGACGAAAUGCCCCCUCUCCCAGAUGACACGCAACUGGUCACUGGGGAAGAGGCGGGGCAGUCUGAUUUAAGACUGUUCCCAGAAAUGCGUCUACGCGCGCCAUCGCCUCGCGGCGGUGACGCGGAGUUGGGCGCCGCAACUUCGGGCACGGGUUCGGAUCCCACAUCGCCCAGUGCCUACCAAGUUUCCGCGCGCGCAGAGGUCUCUGUCGCGCGCGAGGCCCCCCGGUCUCCGGCCCCAAUUUUGGGUGUCAUCAUAGACCGGGACGAGGCCCGGCGACCCCCCGUUGGUACCAGCGAAGGUACCUUCGGCAAUAUACUUGGUUUAAGUAUCGGGGUCGCCGAUUUUCGCGACAACCAUCAAGACAACGCUCAAGACUCUCCGGCCCAAGAUGGCAUCGUCUCCGCCGGCCCUGCAGCGGCCUCGAGUCAGCCACCCGCCUCCCCCGCGCGCCGUUUGGCUUCGACAGCGUCUCCGCGUGCCUGCUCGCCCUCCGCGGCCCCUCAAGACCCCAGAGCGUUUGUUGGCAUACCCGGCAGGGCGGGCGUUACGCUGCCCGACCGGGUAUCGCUUCAAGACAUGGACGACCUACAGAGCGACGGCUCCCCGGGUGCUUGCAGGCAGCUCCCGGGUUCUACAACAUGCACUACGACUACGGACACCUCGCCAAGCGCCCUCCCAGACGUGGGAGGGCCACAAGACACUGCAAACGCUGAAGCUGGGCCCGGCAGGGUGGCAAGCAUGCUGCCCGACCGGGUCCAGCAUGGACUACCUCAGAGCAUCGGCUCCCCGGGUGCCAACAGGCUGUACCCGGGUUCUACGACGUGUGAGACGGCUCCCCCCGCCCUCCCCCCAGCUCCCGACGGCCCCGUCGCCGUCCAGGACCCUGCGGAUGUUGCUGCUAGACCCGGCAGGGCGGCAGAAAUGCUGCCCGACCGGGGUACCGACGGGUUCGCGCUUGCAGUCUUUACUGCUCGCGCCCUAGGUGCCACUCGUGGCCCUGGAGACCCUGAGGACGACAGCAGCAGCGACCGUGAGGUCUCGGACGGUGACGCAGAGGCUACCACCGCCGCAAGUGAUGACGACCGGCUCGGACAGGUAGCUACGGAGCUGCCCGCCCGAGCUGGAUACACUGCAGUGGCCACGGCCGCUCCUGUGGGCAUGCACGCUACCACCAGCGCGGCCGUGUCCACUGCAGCAAUUGUUUAUGCUUCUGUUUCUGUCCCAAUUACCUGUGACGACCGGCUCGGCUGGCAGACACCCAUACUGCCAGACCGAGCCGGGUGCGACGCUCCGAUGCCUUGCGGCGACGAGUUGUCUGCCGGGCCCUGCCCCCAACUUGAUGACUGCACACCCGGCAGGGCGGGUACCAUGCUGCCCGUGGGUGAUGCACAGGCUCCUGCCACGACCGCUGCCGUCCCUAUGGAGGUUGACCAGUGCGCGACGUGGCAGGCAGCACGCCAUACACCGGGCUCGCCGCCUCUCGUGCUCCGCAUCGGCGGCAAGCGUCGCCGCUUGAGCGAUGACGGCGACGAUGACCCGCGCGAGCAGGCCGAGCAACUGCUGCUCGAGGACGUCGAGGCCGGCCCCAAGCACUCAGCGCUUUGGCCAUCCACGGCCAGCGCACUCCCGGCCUCCGUCCUGGCCGUGUAUGCACACAACGCGCAGCGCUUCACGUGCACGCUGUGUACAUACACGGCCUCAAGCUUUGCUUCGCUCAAGCGACACAGGGACUCACGGCACCGCCGUAUCACCUUCCUCGACCGCUUCUCGGCAGGUUGUGCGUGCGGCACGCCUUUCGUGUCGAGGCUGGCAGCAGCAAACCACGCUCGCGCGUGUGCCAGCCUCCGCGACACUUCGGCUGCGACUACACCAGCAGCAGGGGACCUCAGCCCCACUGCUGGUGCUGUCAAUGCCACCGCUACGGUGGCCGACACCGAACCCGUGCUGCCCCGCCAAGACCCUCCGGUGCUCGCUGUGUCCCCCCCACAGUCGAGCACCACGCAUGACAGGUCUACAGAGUCAAGAUGGAGCCCUCCGCUCCCAAGACAGCUGGUUGCUUCUCGCGUUGCGUCACGCCUCUCCGAGGUUCCCGCCCCACGUUGGGGUCCACCACUGCCUCGCAGCGUGGUGGUGUCAAGGAUUGCCGACCGUCUCCUCCCGCCAGAGUUAACGGAGGAAGAGGAGACCAAGGCUGGGGACAGCGACGACGAGGACGUCACCGAUGACCAAGACAAGGACGGCGAGUGGCUGCUGCGCUUUGACGGUGCCUGCCGGGCAAACCCUGGCCCUGGCGGCGCCGGCGCUGCGCUGUUCAAGCCCAGUGGCCCUGUCGUGUGGACGUGCUCCCACUACAUGCCGAGCAGCGGCGAAACCAACAACACGGCAGAGUACACCGCGCUGCUGCUCGGCACAAGGGCUGCCGCCGACCACGGUGUCACGCGCCUGCGUAUCGAGGGUGACAGCACGCUUGUCAUCCAGCAGGUGCGUGGCAUCUUUGCCACACGCAACAAGCGCCUGAGGCAACUGCGCAUUGCGGUCAAGGCGGAACUGGCGCGGAUGGAGCAGGCCACGCUCCAUCCCAUCGACAGGCAGGCAAAUGGCCAUGCCGACCGCCUCGCCAACGCCGCUCUUGACUGCCGCACGACUACGUUGGAGUGUGGGGUGCAUACCGAUGGACAUGGAUGCACCUCCACCUCCACGACGGCCCCUGCUCCCGCAGCUGCACCUCUGCCUGCCACACCGCAUGUCGCGGUGGGCGCCGAUGUCCCCCCAAGCCCUGCAGAUGAUGAUGACAUGGGGGACAUCGAUGAUGGCGAGGUGUAUGCAGCGAUGCGUGUGGGGCCUGAUGCAGUGCCUCAGCGCCGGUCACGGCUGCGACUGCGGCAGCUGGACGAGGACGAGCAAGAGGCUGCGGGCAAGUUGGUGGAGCGGCUGGCUGCGAGGCUAGCUGCCAAGAUUACAGAUGCCGACGACUGGGAGGAGGCGGAGGGCUACAUCACAGCCCUCCCCUAUGCACUGUAUGAUCAGCUGCAGCCUUACUCCCAGACACAGCACCCCGCCCAACCUCACGCACAGCGCCCGCAGCAGCAUGACGUUCGCCCAGACCGGCUACAGGAGUCGGACCAAGGUCCAGCGCAGGCAAUGACGCAAGACGGUCGGCGCCAAGGUGGCAGCCGUUCACGUCGUCGCCGUGGUCACUCCGGUGGUGGCAAGGGGCGCCGGCGCACACGUCCGCCCCGUGUGACACGUCAUCACCGUGAGCACCGGCUCGACGAGGCUCUGGACGACAUGCACGCAGUCCAGCGCAGCGAGCCGGGCAACCGCAAGGUUGUGGCCAAGGCACGUCGUCGUGUGGGGAGGAUCAACUCCUCCAUUUCACAGCAACGCCUCCGCCACCUCUUCGAGACCUCGGAGAAGGUGUGUGUUGAGAGCAUACUGGCGACGGCUCGGUCCAAGCGCGAGGCAGAUGUGGCUGCGGCUACACCAGCCAGCGCCUCUGCGCCUCCGCCGGACGGUGUGGACGUGGAAGAAGGCACCUGCCCCAUUCCAGGGGAGAGCCUGCACCGGUUCUUCACCGGGGUGAACACCCCUGCGGGUGACUUCGACCCUAUGGCGCCAGUUGGAGCCUCGUUUCGCGCGGCCAUGGACCGCCUGCCUCCGGCUACAGUUGACAUGGCGCUGCUCACGGAUGCGCCGUCUUCGCAUGAGAUCGAGGACCAGGUGCAGCGUGCGCGUGGCGGUUCAAGCCCUGGCUUGGAUGGUGUCGGCUAUGACAUCUUCAAGAUGUUCACGGCCGAGCUUCUGCCCGCCCUGCAUGCAGCGUUCGCGCGCUGCUGGCAGUCCAAGCGUGUGCCGCAGAGCUGGAAGGUUGGCGUGGUGCGCCUGCUGCACAAGAAGGGCGAUCGGCUCGACCCAUCGAAUUGGCGGCCGAUCUGCUUGCAGCAGGCCAUCUACAAGUUGUACGCCGGUGUCUUGUCGCGUCGUUUUACGCGCUGGCUCGACGUCAACGGCCGCCACGCCGACGCGCAGAAGGGCUUUCGAGCCAUGAACGGCUGCGGGGAGCACAACUUCCUCGCAGCCAUGCUCGUUGACCAAGCCCGGCGCAAGCACCAAGAGCUGCAUGUCGUGUGGUACGACUUUGCCAACGCUUUUGGUAGCGUGCCACACGACUUGCUAUGGGAAGCGCUACAUCGGCAGGGUGUUCCGCCCGAGUUUGUCGCUUGCUGCCGUGGUCUCUACGCAGACGCAGCGUUUACAAUUGGUAACGCUGCGGAUGGGACCACGGCGCCGAUCGCGCUUAAGGUGGGGGUGUUUCAAGGCUGCCCACUCAGCCCCCACCUCUUCACCGCCGCGAUCGCCCCGCUGCUUCACGCGCUCAAGUCGCUACCGGACACUGGCGUGAAGAUGUCAAGCGAAGACCGUCCCGGUGCUGCUGCUUACGCCGACGACUUGAAGACAUUCAGCAGCACCGUGGACGGCAUCAAGCGUCAACACUCGGUGGUGCGAGACUUCCUGAGCUGGACCGGCAUGAAGGCGAAUCCGCACAAGUGCAGUACCAUGUCGGUCCAGCGGGAUGUGCGUGGUCUCCACCAGACCAGCGACCUCGGGCUGCAGCUGGACGGCACCCCGAUCCCCGCGCUCAGCGCCUCCGACUCGUACCAAUACUUGGGGAUCGGGGAUGGCUUUGACCACGUGCGCCGUCGUGUAGAGCUUGCACCAGCGCUCACUCAGCUCAAGCACGACGCGACGGCGCUGAUGCAGUCCGGGCUGGCGCCGUGGCAGGUGGUCAAGGCGGUCAAGGUGUACUUGUACCCUCGGGUUGAGUACGCCCUCCGGCACCUGCGACCAUUCGCACAGCAGCUGGAGGGCUUUGACCGUCACCUUGUACGCGGCCUUCGACACCUGUUACGGCUGCCCACUAACGCCACGACGGCGUUCUUCUACGCGCCCGUUUCUCGUGGUGGACUUGGAUUUUUGCCGCUGACGGAGCUGCAUGGGGCUCUUCAAGUGGCGCAUGGGUGGCAGAUGCUUCACGCUUCUGACCCUGCCACUCAGCGCAUUGCCCGCCAGCAGCUCCGUCAGAUUGCUGACGCGAGGUACAAGUUGGAUGCCUCGGUCUGGAAGGACCGCGAGGAGGAGCUGGGCGAGCUCCUCCUCAACAGCAAGUUGGGGACGUCGAACCCGGCCCCACCCAAGCGACGCAACGCUGAUAUUGGGUCGCUGUGGUUCGACGUCCGCGGUCAUCUCCACCGCUUCGGCCUGAAGUUCGAGAUGGCGCCAGCGGUGGAGGAGCCAGGGACGCCAGCCCAGCGGUUGCAGCUUCGCGUGCCCCAUCACGAUGGUUGGUUGGGACAUAAGGAUGUCCUUCGGCACGUGAAGCUGCACCUCAAGAACAAGCACUGGAAGCGUUGGGCCGCGAUGUCGGACCAAGGCAAGUCUGCUCGCACCCUCGCGGGCGCUGGAAGCGGCUUCCUAUCGCGGCCCCGCGGGUUGUGGGAGACCGACUACCGCUUUGCGGUGGCUGGUCGGCUCAACCAGCUCGACACGCACAGCGUGCUCAAGCGCAGGCGUCUACGGGCUCAUGACCAGUGCAGGCAUAUAGGUUGCUCGCGGUCGGAGACACUCGCGCAUGUGCUCAAUCACUGCGCGGGGACGAUGGACGCCAUUCGCGGACGCCACGAUGAAGCCCUCAAGGUCAUUGAGCGAGCCAUUGCUUCGGCGUCCGGCGACAAGACGGACCGGGUUGAGCUGAGGGUCAAUCAAACGGUACCCUCGCUCCCCGGACCUGCGCUGCGGCCGGACUUGCAGGUCUACAACCACACCACACGUUCGGUGUCGGUUGUAGACCUUGCUAUCGCAUUCGAAGAGCAGCCCAACGACGACCCGCGGACGUCUUCGCUGGCCCGGACAGCCAAGGCCAAGCGUGACAAGUACGACUGCAUCAAGCGACACCUCGAGCGCCAAGGAUGGACAGUUCAUCUGUCGGCGCUCGUUUACGGCUCGCUUGGUGCAGUCGCCGAUCAAGAUACAAGGGGCAGUCGGGUGACGGAGACCGGGGGGACUCCGUCACAUCAAGGUCGCCGCUAG